AUGUUUAUUCUCUUAAGAGAUCUCUGUGUUCUCGCGAUAAUGGGAGUCGACUACUAUUACCUCCUCGGUGUCACCGAAAGCGCCACGCUAAAGGAUCUGCAUAGAGCCUAUCGCCGCCAAGCAUUAAGAUUUCACCCGCUGAGAAACAAGAAACUAGAAGCAGAAACCUUGCAGCAGUUUACGUGGAUUUCGGAGGCCUAUGAGGUGCUGAAGGACCCCGUAUUAAGAGCUCGCUACGACCAAUAUGGCGAGGCUGGCCUAAAACAUGGCAUUCCUGGUGUCUAUACGGAGCCUGUCAGAUACAUGUACCAUGGAGAUCCUUACAAGACCUUUCAGGAAUACUUUGGCGACUGGAAUCCCUUUAAGGAAUUUACGGAGGAGAUGACUCGUGAGCAGAUGGAGAACUUUGGUCGCAAGGACGGUAGGGGACAAAUUAAAAAGGCAGAACCAACAACAGUCAAACUAAUGUUGACCCUUGAAGAACUCUACAAUGGAUGCAUAAAGAAGAUGAAAGUAAAGUACACGGUUAGUUUAUCUUCUAAUAAAGUUUGA